AGGACAAAAUCGAUCGGGCUGGCUGAUGGAUGCUGCCAACAUGGUCCCUUCUGGUGUCUGUGGGUUUGAUGGAGAGGAUGUGGUACCCUGGGAUCCGUGGUGGGAAGCAGGAGGAGGAGGAAGGGGAAGAAGAUGAUCCGGGGAACAAGAAAAAAAAGACAGCAGGUUUUUUUUUUGGAGCAGCGACAUCUCUCCCCCCCACUGCUCCAUUGCAGAAGCUGCGCGCGGUCCUCUCCGCUCCCCCCACCCCACCACUCCGCCCGCCCCACCAAGACUCUCCAGGGUGGAGCAAAGAGGAGAGGAGGAGGAGGAGAAGGAUGCUGGUCGCAUAAGCUGAGCAUCUUCUCCGUGCCAGGGACCGGAGGAAUCUGCUGGGCAAGAAGGGGGGCGGCGAAGAGAGAGCUGUUUUGCUGGCACCCCAAAGCCUCACAUUGGCGGCGCCCCCCCCCCCAGCCUGGUCUAAUAGAUCCGCUCUUGCUUUGUAAGCAAAAGGGGCAGAGCAGGCUGGGGGGGGGGCACAGAGGAGGAGAGGGAAGCGGGAGACACCCGCUCGCUUGCAACAUGGACAAGUGAUUGAAGGCGACAAGUCAGCUCUCCGUCCCAGCCUCUCCCCCAACAUAGACACCUGCCCCCCCCCCGCCCGGCUGGUGGAUCUGCACGGAUCUGAAGGAAGGAGGGGGCAAGGAGUCGCCCCCUCCCAUCCGAUUGACUUCUGCCUUUGGCUGUAAAGACCUUCGGACAACCAGGUAUCGUCUUCCUCGCCAUGUCACUCCUGGCUCAACUGAAGGCUUCAGCCUUGCUGCUGGCUUUGUUCCUCCCUUCACCGCUGGCGACGGUGGGUGGCCAUGGCGGCACGCAUGGCGUUGAGACAGCGUCCCCGGACGGCGGCAACCACACCAAGUGCCAAGAGGCCACGGAGUGCCAGGAAGGUGUGAUCUUGCCAGUGUGGUUCCCACAGAACCCCUCUGUGGGGGACAAGGUGGCCAGGGCCAUUGUUUACUUUGUGGCUCUGAUCUACAUGUUCCUGGGCAUGUCCAUCAUUGCCGACCGCUUCAUGGCCUCCAUAGAAGUCAUCACCUCACAGGAGAAAGAGAUCACCAUCAAGAAGCCCAACGGGGAGACCACCACCACAACCAUCCGCAUCUGGAAUGAGACCGUCUCCAACUUGACCCUGAUGGCACUGGGUUCCUCAGCCCCUGAGAUCCUGCUCUCCAUCAUUGAGAUUGUGGGCCACGGCUUCACUGCAGGAGACAUGGGGCCCAGCACCAUUGUCGGCAGUGCAGCCUUCAAUAUGUUUGUAAUUAUUGCCGUCUGCAUCCAUGUGGUCCCUGAGGGCGAGGUACGGCGCAUCAAACACUUGCGGGUCUUCUUUGUCACUGCUGCCUGGAGCAUCUUCGCCUAUAUCUGGCUAUACCUCAUCCUGGCCUGGUUCUCUCCUGGCAUAGUGGAAUUGUGGGAAGGGCUCCUCACCUUCCUCUUCUUCCCACUCUGUGUGCUCCAGGCUUGGGUGGCUGACAGAAGGCUCCUCUUCUACAAAUACGUCCACAAGAAAUACCGGGCGGACAAGGCCCGAGGCCUGAUCAUCGAGACUGAGGGUGAUACUGGCUAUCCAAAGCUGGACAUGGAGAUGGACAACUCACUAAAGGAAGGAUCCGAAGGUCUCGUGGAAGCAGGGAAGGACCAGGAUGAUGAAGCUCGCAGGGAUAUGGCCCGCACCUUGAGGGACCUCAAGCAGAAACAUCCAGAAAAGGACAUGGAGCAGCUUAUCGAGAUGGCCAACUAUCAUGUGCUAGUCCAACAGCAGAAGAGCCGGGCUUUCUACCGCAUCCAGGCGACACGCAUGAUGAUCGGAGCAGGGAAUAUCCUCAAAAAACAUGCGGCGGACCAGGCCCGCAAGGCCAUUAGCAUGCAGGAGGUGCGUGCGGAAGAAGACGAGUCCGUGACCAAAGUUGGCUUUGAGCCAGCGCACUACCAGUGCUUCGAGAACUGCGGCUCGGUGGUGCUGACUGUGGCCCGGCGGGGAGGGGACCCAGCCUGCGUCACAUUGCGGGUGGAUUUCCGCACAGAGGACGGGACGGCCAACGCUGGCUCUGACUACGAGUUUGCGGAGGGCACCUUGCUCUUCAAGCCAGGGGAAACCCACAAGGAAGUGCGGGUCGGAAUCAUUGAUGACGACAUUUUCGAGGAAGAUGAGUAUUUCUAUGUCCACCUCAGUAACGUGCGGGCAGCCUGGGCCGAACCGGGCCCUGAGCCUCCUCCCAAAGCAUGCCUCGGGCCUUCUAAGAUGGCCACUGUCACGAUCUUCGACGACGACCAUGCCGGCAUCUUCACCUUCGACGGUGCCUCCAUGCGUGUGAGCGAGAGCGUGGGGGCUGUGCGCAUCAAGGUGCUGAGGACCUCGGGGGCACGCGGGAGAGUGGCCAUCCCCUUCCGCACCAUUGAGGGGACCGCUAAGGCCGGAGAGGACUAUGAGGAGGUAGCUGGCAAAGUGGAGUUCCAGAAUGAUGAGACCAUGAGAUACAUCGAAAUUAAAAUUAUUGACGAUGAGGAGUAUGAGAAAAACAAGAACUUCCACCUGGAGCUGGGGCCACCAGAACUGCUGGACACAGGUCCACGGCAUGGUGACUCCAAUGAAAACCGCCUGCCUAAUGGAGAAGAGGAAGCAAUUGCCAAGAUGGGGUGUCCUAGCCUUGGAGAGAACACCAAACUUGAAGUUGUUAUUGAGGAAUCUUACGAAUUCAAGAGCACUGUGGACAAAUUAAUAAAGAAGACCAACUUGGCCCUCGUCGUCGGCAGCAGCAGCUGGAGGGAGCAGUUUGUUAGCGCCGUAACCGUCAGCGCUGGUGACGACGAGGACGACGACUCUGGCGAGGAGCGCCUCCCCUCUUGCUUCGACUACAUCAUGCACUUCCUGACGGUUUUCUGGAAAGUUCUGUUUGCCUUUGUGCCGCCAACCGAAUACUGGUGCGGCUGGGCCUGCUUCUUCGUCUCCAUCUGCCUCAUCGGAGUCCUCACCGCCCUCACCGGAGACCUGGCCGCCCACUUUGGCUGCACCAUCGGCCUCAAAGACUCUGUCACAGCCGUGGUGUUCGUGGCCCUGGGCACCUCCGUGCCUGAUACCUUUGCCAGCAAAGUUGCCGCCAUCCAAGACCAGCACGCCGACGCCUCCAUUGGGAAUGUGACGGGCAGCAAUGCAGUCAACGUCUUCCUGGGCAUUGGGGUGGCCUGGACUAUCGCAGCCGGGUACUGGGCCAGCAAAGGCCAGCCCUUUCGCGUGAAGCCCGGCAACCUGGCCUUCUCGGUCACCCUCUUCACCAUCUUCGCCUUCUUCAGCAUUGCGGUGUUACUGUACCGGCGCCGCGCACCCAUCGGCGGAGAACUGGGCGGUCCCCGAAGCCCCAAAAUCCUGGCAACCCUCCUCUUCCUGAGCCUAUGGCUGGUCUACAUCCUCCUGGCUGCCCUGGAAGCCUACUGCCACAUUCAGGGCUUCUGAGAGACAAGGGCAGACUGGGAGAUUCGCUUUCGGGUUUGGCCUGGGGGAGGCCCCUGUCCAAACCUUGGGAAACUGAUCCCUGGAUGACUUGGCGGUGGAGGGGGGGAAAGGAAAAGGCAAACCCUCCCUCCCCAAGUUGGGAGACCCCCUUUUUUCUCAAGCACAUGAGAACACCUUCACUUCCACAACGGUUCAGUGAAGACUUUGGCCGACGCCAGCCAUGCGGUCUAGUAAUGACUAAGGUGGUAACAAAACCGGGACAAAGUUACAGGGUCGAAUUCUGGCCAAGGCUUCUGCGAUGGACUGAUGGCAGAGUUGCCCGCCUCUGUUUGGAGAGAGAAAAUGCCAAGCUAUUAAGAACCCUGAUUUUAGACCCAUCUUGGGGUGCAACAGAUUCAAGGGAAGCUGAGCCAGGGCAUAGGCCACCCCUUUCCACACCGACCUGGGUGAAUUAGUAGCCUCAGAAAACAGUGGGAUGGGGGGGGGGAAUACUGACCAGCCCUGCCAAUUAUUCUUAUCCUUGCAAGUGUUGGAGGACCAGUUAGUUGGACACACUGUCCUUCCCCUUAAGCCUGGCCAGUUUCUUGCAGCGAGAGAGAUGGGGCGCUCUUUGCAUCCCAGCGGAUGGUAACAUAAUGAUGUCGGCAAAACUGGAAUUUUAGGCGCAAGUCAAGGUUGUGCUAUCUUCCUCCUGUUCCUGGCCAAAUGAUCCAAAGAAGGCUGGGGGCAGGGAGAGGGAGGGAGGGAGGGAGAGAAAGGUGGAAAAAGCAAGCGAGAAUAGAUAGGAGAAGGGAAGAAGGAUCCUAAUCAGCCAGUUUACCUUGUUCCAAGCACAGUCAAUACCCUCCGAAAAACCUGCACUCUUUACAAACUCCCAAGAACAGCACAAAAAUCUCAAAACAGCAAAAAACAGAAGUAUAGCUAGAUCUAGGAUAGCUGCUUUCUCCUCCCUUCCUCUUCCACGGCACAGCGCUCCCCCUUCCCAAAUUAACAACAACCCCAUAUUAUUAUUCAACUCCCCUUUUCUGUACAGAACUCAGAUUUCUAUUUAGUUGAGUUUAUUUUACUUACAGGGUGGGGAAGCCCCCCGCAGAAAUUAUUUUAUUUUUAUUUAAAAAGAAGAAAACCCACAAACCUCCGGCACCCAUGCAAUUGUCUGCCCCUUCUUUGUCCCUUAAUGUGGACACCCCCCUCCUCCUGUCCAGACGCCACGGCCGCUGCGCAUGGUGCUUCCCUCCUCUCGGGGGGGGGGCGACAUUGGUACGUCCCAUGCCUCAGUUUGCAUGGUGGCCCCUGUGACCCCGACCCAUACAAUCUCGUGUCUCUGUAAGUCACUCUGGUGUCCAUGCUUGCCCGUUCGUCUUUUGCACCAGUGCCUGCCUGUUGCUCGUGCCUGCUGUCUGGUUUUCCCAAAAAAACAAAAAAUGUGCCCUCCCUCUUAUGUCCUGUUGCCUGCACUACCUUGGAUUUGUGUUUGUGUUGUGUGUGCGUGUGUUUUCUAAAAAACAAAACAAAAAACUAUUUAAAACUUA